CAAGAAAGAAAUAAAGAUAAAUAAAUAAUCACAUUCUUUUUUUUUCAAUUUCGACUUUGAUUCUUCUUUUUUCGUUUUUACACAUUUUACCUAUCAUUUACAGUAUAACUUUCUCGACCGUAAGUAAAGACCUCUUGAGUUGAAUGUGGAACUGCAACUACAAAACGACUUAUUGUGAAACAUAACCCUCUUCUUCUUUGCUGUUUUUGAUAGAAUUAUAGAAACUGAAAUAAAAGAAAAUGGAUUCAAGUGAUUUCCCUACACUUCAAGAGGCGAAUAGCACUCAUAACGACAACAAAAAUGAAAAUGACAAAAACCAGAAUUCCACGUUGGGUUCUUCCUGGGCUCAAGUGGCUAAAGAAGAUACAACGACAAGUUCAACCUUAACAACAGAUAAUCGUCAACCAGACGUGGCUGGACAUAAAGCUGAAGAAUUUCCUACGCCCCAAGAAAGCUUGAAAGAUACGGAUACGAAAGAUCUGCCUGCUUCAGGUGGUGUAGGUGAUUUGUUAAAUAAGGACACUUCAAAAGAUACUACUGCGGCUGCCACUCCUCUUGUUAGUUCCUUUGCUGAUGUUACUUCUAACAAAGAUUUCCCCAAGCCAGAGAAGGACACUUCAGCACCAACAGAAAAUGAAUUGUCAGAUUUACCUGAUGUCAAAGAUAUGCUCAAUCAACCUUCUGUGCGUGUACCACCUGUACCCAAAGAUCAGAGUUUCGCUAAGAUUGCUGCUAAAGAGAUUCCACCAGAAAAGAAACCUUUGAGUGAUCGUGCACAACAAGUUAUAAAAGAACAAGAAAAAAUUGAAAAGGACGCAGGAAGCACUACUGAAGAAGAAUUCCCUACUUUGGAGCAAUCUGCUUUAAUGAGCAAGGAAGGAGCAUCUAAUGAAGAUAAAGCAGUCUAUACUGAGAUCUCGACUUUGCAUCAAAUGGAUCCCCUUCCUACACCAAAGGAAGAAAAGAAAGAAGCGGCUCCUUCUUCGCCCAAAAAAUCCUUUGCCGAUAUUACGAGUUCUAACUUGGAUGAAGCACCACCAUCUGCUACUUCCCGUGUUACUGACAAGCCUGUUUAUAACGAAGAUCAGGUACUAAUGGAAAAGACAAAGAGAGAGCAGAGAAAGAAUCUUCAAACUGAACAGCCCAAUAAUGAACAACUUGUUGAAGAAGAAGAAACCGUAGCAAAGGGUGUUGAGCCCACAAAGGACCAAAGAGAUCAAGAAAUAGAACAAAGCCAGGUUGAAGCAAGAAGCCGAGAAGUUGUUCAAGAAGCGAAUGCAGCUGUCCAAGGUGAACCUGAUGAAAACACAUUUGAAGAACAUCUGAGUGUCUUUGAUAAACGUCAUACUGGCAAAAUCACCAUCUUCAAUACUAUCUUUGCUCUCUACCAUUUGGGAUAUCCUUUGCUUACCAUUAUCCCUGGUGCCAUCAUGAUGCAUAUCACUUUAUCACCUCGUACUUCACCCCACCGCUUUCCGUUUAUUUAUCGCUCACCCUUUGAUCUCAUCCUACUUCCUAUCUACACAGCUAAUUUGAAUCGAGCUCUCACCAAUUACACACCUGCAUUGAGUCAACAGAAUCACGAGCAGGUUGAAAAUAUGGUAAAAGAAUACGGUCGUAAAAGUAACGAAGGCUUGACUUUCUGGGAAGGUCUUCGCGCUAUCCGUGGUUAUGAGAAGAAGAAUAAUAUGAGAUGGUGGCAAGUGUGUUCCUGGGCUCUCCAUCGUAUUCAAUGGACGCUUACUUACACAAUGUUACAUGAGCCAAAGAAGAAGAUAGUGACAGUGCCAGCACUGUUGGCACUCAGUCAAGCAAAGAAUAAAUAA